AUGCGUUCCCUCAUCUGCUUGGCAGUUGCUACAGCCCUCCUUCCCAACGCGUUUGCGUUUACGGGAAAAACAUGCCGAAUCAUGCCUCUUGGUGCCUCGAUCACAUUUGGUGUAGGAAGCAGUCAGGGCAAUGGAUACCGCGACGAUCUCUACAAUCUACUUGCCCGAGAUGGUAACGUCGUGAACAUGGUCGGGAACAACCCCGCCGUAGACUCGACCUUCCAUGACAAGGACACCGAAGGAUGGUCUGGCCGGACCAUUGACGAUGUAGCAGAGAAGAUGCGAAUCUCAAUGCCCAAGAACCGUCCUAACAUCGUCACUGUCCUCGUCGGAACCAACGACAUGACAAGGAACAUCGAUGUCGGCAGAGCACCAGAAAGACUCAGCAGGAUGAUUGGUGAAAUCCUAGACUUCCCACCGCUCACCCUCGUUGUCGUCUCCACCCUCCCUCCCAACAGGGAUCCUGCUGCAAAUGCUAGAAUUAACGCUUACAACGCCGCACUUCCCAACGUUGUCCUAUCUUGGGCUAACCGAGGGAGGUCGGUGGUGUUUGCCGAUUGUGGUCGGCUUGUUGGCGUUACAGAGAUUCCAGAUGGUACUCAUCCCAACGAUGCCGCGUACGAGCGGAUUGGAAGGUGCUUCUACGACGCGAUUGUUGGUGCAGACCAUAGAGGUUGGAUCUUCCCUGUUGACGGACCCCCUCCUUAG